AUGAGAAAUCGUUCUAAGCAUCAAAAGCUAAGCCACAGUACGCGUAAGAAUGAGCGUACUCAAUUUAUUGUUACCACAUUUACACAAUAUUUUCGUAAUGAAAUUAAAAAUAAUCCGAAAGCAUUUCAAAAGCGAUUUCAAAAGAUGAGUAAUUCACCCUUUCAAUUUUAUCGUGGUUCAGCUAUUCUUUUUUACCAAGACAUGAAAGCUGAACGGGAUCGGUGGAUUGAGAAUAAUCCAGCAGCAGCAAACAUAUUUAUACAUGGUGAUUUGCACGCUGAAAACUUUGGCACAUAUCUAGACCAUGAAGGCGUGCUCAAUUUUCAUGUCAACGAUUUCGAUGAAAGCUAUAUUGGUCCAUUUACAUGGGACUUAAAACGUCUUCUUGCUAGUUUGAACUUAAUCGCCUAUGCGAAAGGUUUCAACGAUGAAGAAAUUCAACAAGUGCUAAGAGUUUGUGCAGAAAAUUAUCUUUCACAAGUCUACAACUUCGCCGAAGGAGGAAAAGAAAAUUUCUCCUUAACAUUACGAAACACAUCAGGCAAAAUUAAGGAUUUAUUGCUCUCUACGCGUGCAAAAUCUCACGUGGAAAAUUUGAAUAAGUUGACUGUCAUUCAAAACAACAAUCGAUAUUUAAAACGAUCAAAAGAAGUGAAAGAUGUUGAUGAGCGCACCAAAGAACAAUUGAUUCAAGCAUUCGACAAAUAUCUUCAGACAAUACCGAAAAACAAACGGGAAGAACAAUUUCAUUUGCGACAUCGUCACCGUUUAUUGUACAAAGUCAAAGAUAUUGUUUCUCGAUCAUCACCAGGCAUCGGCUCAGCUGGACGAAUGUCGUACAACUUUCUCAUCGAAGGCAAAUCGGAAACAUUGGACGAUGACGUUGUUCUGUUUAUGAAAGAAGCAACGGAAUCGGUUAUUUCAAAAUUUGUCAGAAAUCCAAACUUGGAAACUUAUUUUCAACACAAUGGAAUGCGAACAGUUUUGGCAUCGUACGCAAUGCAAUCUUGUACUUCGAAAUGGCUUGGAUACACAACAUUGGGCAAUGUUGAAUUUCUCGUAGAUGAAGUCUCUGCACACUCUGUGAGUUUAGAUUGGGUGGAUAUCAACAAGUUGUCACAAAUACUCAAAGUCGCCCAUUUUCUUGGAAGAGCAACCGCUAAAAUUCAUUGUGUAGUGGACUCAGAAAGUGUUUCUGAUAUACAAGGAGCCGAUUUAGCAUCAUUACCAUUUUCAAUCAUACCGCUGCACACCGAACAGACAAUACUAGGUGCGAUAAUGAAUCAAAACGAAGAAUUUAUAAACGAUAUGGUUCGAUUUGGAAUGGUUUAUGGUGCACAAGCGCGACGUGAUCAUCAACUAUUUUUCGAAGCUUUACGUAACAAUCUCAUCCAAGGAUUGAAAUAG